AGUGGUGGGAGAGAGAGAGAGAGAGAGAGGAAGCGAAAAAGAGAGUGAAAGGCUCCACACGGCAGAAUAUAAAUCUGUAUGUUAGCAGGACUAAAGCUGGAGGUGUCGGAGCGCCUUUAGUGGUAAUGCCGGUGGGGGGGUGGCCAUAAAGCAUCAAGAGGUGUUUUUUUCCCCUUAACUGAGGAUCUUUUGCAAAUAAGGAAGUGGAACCCGCAGGAGCUGCGAACGCUGGUUGUCAAGCACAUUGGUGUGCUGGUCGGAAGGUCUCUGACCCCCUUCGUUUUUUAAUUUUUGGGGGAGAAAAGAGGAGCCAAAAAAAAAAGCCACGAGAGGAAGGUGGCAGCGAGGGGACCAGUGAGCCAUUUCUCUCUUUAUUACUUCCAUUCACAAAACCAUUGCAUCCCAUUAUCACAGCGAUGUAGAGGCAUUCUCUCCGGUUAGAGGAGGAAGGGUCCCAUUGACUGCUGAGGCUUAUUAGCACCUCUCUCCAAACGCUAGACCUUUUCAUUGCAGCCCCUCAUCUCCCGCCUCUAUCCUCUAACGUCUCCUAUGUUCUUCUCUUUCUCCUUGUCCUUUUGUGUUCUUGUCCCUUUUCACACCACUCAGGAAUCAGGAGGCUUUGCGUUUUGGUAGAAGUGGGUGUUUUUCUGGUGCUGUCAUUGUAUUUGGUGGCGCUACAAAGGACAGCUGAGCGGGGAGUGAGAGAGCGAGACAGCUUUUGGAGAUAAUAAAAUUGCAGCCAGAAACAGAGGGGUGGGGGGGACCUGGGACUACAGGAACAGCUGACAACCACUGGGUGCUGAAUUGUGAUGAAAAGAAAACUGUUACAGAGACUGACAAACCAUUUUCAGGUGGCUAUUUAUUGGGACAAUUACCACUUCUUGAGGGAAUAAAAGGAGCAGUGUGCCAAAACCAAACACUGCUGGUUGGAUUCUGCUACUGCUGUUGCUAAGCGAAGUCGUUUAACCUGAAGUUCUUGGGCAGACAGUGUUGAGCAUCACUCUACAGCCAUGAAAGGGAGCUCAGAGGAAAGCAUUGGGAGCACCAGGCCCUCCGACCUGCAAGCGUUCGCUAACAGAUCCACCCUACAUGGCAUGAGUCACAUAUUCUCCUAUGGGCACAUGACGUUCCGUCGGUUUCUUUGGAGCCUCUCCUUCCUCGGUUCGCUGAGCUUAUUGAUGCUGGUCUGCAUGGAUCGCGUGUCGUAUUACCUGGAGUACCCCCACGUCACCAAGCUGGACGAGGUGGCGGCGACCAACCUCACCUUCCCAGCGGUUACCUUCUGUAACCUCAAUGAGUUCCGCUUCUCCCAAAUCACCAGAAAUGACCUGUAUCACGUGGGCGAGCUUCUGGCCCUCCUUAACAAUAACUACCAAAUAGCCAACCCGCACUUGGCUGAGCCCGAGGUUCUCGCUGCCCUAAAGGAUAAGGCAAACUUCCAGAACUUCAAGCCAAAGCUGUUCAACAUGACUGAUUUCUAUAACCGCACAGGUCAUGACAUCGGUGAGAUGCUACUGCAGUGCACCUUUCGAGGAGAGGAUUGCUACCCGGUGAACUUCACCACAAUUUACACGCGCUACGGAAAAUGCUACACAUUCAACUCCGGAUUGGACGGCAACCCUUUGUUGACCACGUUGAAAGGCGGCACGGGGAACGGCCUGGAGAUCAUGUUGGACAUUCAGCAGGAUGAAUACUUGCCGGUUUGGGGAGAGACAGAUGAGACCUCCUACGAAGCAGGCAUCAAGGUUCAGAUCCACAGCCAGGACGAGCCGCCCUUCAUUGACCAACUGGGAUUUGGUGUGGCCCCUGGUUUUCAAACUUUUGUGUCAUGUCAACAACAACAGCUUCAGUACCUCCCGCCGCCUUGGGGAGAUUGCAAGUCUACUCCGAUAGACUCUGAAUUCUUCUCCACGUACAGCAUCACCGCCUGCCGCAUCGACUGUGAAACACGGUACCUGCUGGAGAACUGCAACUGCAGAAUGGUUCACAUGCCUGGGACCUCAACAGUUUGCACACCUGAGCAGUACAAAGACUGUGCUGACCCGGCUUUAGGCUUUUUGGUAGAGAAAGACAACGAUUACUGUGUCUGUCAGACCCCCUGCAACAUGACUCGCUAUGGCAAGGAGCUGUCCAUGGUUAAGAUCCCCAGUAAGGCAUCUGCUAAAUAUCUGGCUAAGAAAUUCAACAAAACUGAGCAAUAUAUUGGAGAAAAUAUAUUGGUCAUGGACAUCUUCUUUGAAGCUCUGAAUUAUGAGAAGAUUGAGCAGAAGAAGGCCUAUGAAAUUGCAGGGCUUCUCGGUGACAUCGGAGGGCAGAUGGGGCUGUUUAUCGGAGCCAGUGUCUUAACAAUACUGGAAAUAUUUGACUACCUAUACGAGGUGUUUAAGGAUAAGGUAUUGGGCUACUUCAUACGGAAGAAAAGACCACAGCGUUGUCAGAGCGACAAUCUGGAGUUUCCAGAGAACCCAACCAGCCCUGGUGUCACGCCUAAUCAUGCCCCCAGAGCACCUGUGACACCCUCCGGAGUCACUCGGACAGUCUCGGAUUCACGCCGAACAUGUUACCUCGUCACCCGACUCUAGGCAACUUUGAGGAGUUUGCUUGUUGACAACAUAAAGUAGGGGUGGUGGGGGGGGGGCGGCACAUCCGGGGACUUGACAGCAAACUGUGAAAUAAUUUAAUGUAUUCAAACAGAAAACGGUUGGGUGUAUGACUCGAAAACGUAUAGUAGAGUUUAUCAAUGCCUGAAUAGAAAUAGAGUACUAUCAUCAGAAAAAAAAGAGACCACUUCCAAAACAGAACUCAGGUUUAACUGCCAUGUCAAGGUUUCAGUGUUAAUUUAUUCAUGUUUCAUUUUGUGGAUUUGUUUUUCUUAUGCAGACACUUUAGAGUUAUACAAUCAGUGAAGAGAAAUGUGUCCAGUUAAAAGGCUUGCUGCCCUGUGAUGAGAUGUAGCACUGUUGUGCUCGUCCUGCUGUACAUCAAUCCCCAAACACAAGCAAACAGAAUACACGUGGAUUGGUAUGUGUAGCAUUGCAGUUUCUGAACAGUGUUACGUCUCCAGCAUCUAACCGACGCUGUGUGCAGUGACCUUAUACUGUCACCAGUUUAGACAGGCCUUCAAUGAGCUGAUUGUUGGAUAAGAGAGCUGCUCAUUAGUGAAUCAAAACACCAGACUGGUGUGUUGCCUUUUGCUCUCGUGAGGCUUUGGAUUGUCUCAUGAGUUAGAAACUGUGCUCAAUGGAUUUAAAAACAGAAAAGGAACUUGAUUAUAUGCAAGUAUCUCGUUUUGUUCCAUGCUGCAGGCUGAAACGAAUGUGUUUGUGAACUUAAGUCACUUUUUACGUACAGUAAGGUUUAACAAAGAGUCAGGAGCCCAGAAAAAGGCUGUUGAUUGUAUCUUUAUAUAGCUGACAAUUCAAUUUGUAUUAUUUUCCCAUUUUUGGGGAUAGUGUUGCUCUGCUGACUGUCACAAAAGAAAAAUGCUAACAUGCAGUUUGCUGCAGGAAUUGGCCCUUAUUUACAUUAAAUUCAUUAGAAGAGAAACACAAUCAGGUUUUCCUUUUUGUCUUUUUCAUAAUUCUCAGCUAUGUAUUUUUCAUGACUGCGUCUUAAAGUGUUCAUCAGCACAAUCCCCUGUGAUAGUAAUCUAUUCUCUAUUGUCCAUAAGGAGACUUAAAGGCUUGUUGGUGACAUUCCGAAACUUGACAGAAAUUUGUAAAUACCCGCAAUCAAAUGCCAUGAAGAAAUUCUAUACUGCUCAUUUGAGACCUUUGUCAAAUAUAUAUAUCAAUAUAUCUAUAUAUAUAUAUAUAUAUAUAUAGAGAUAUAUAUAUAUCUAUAUAUAUAUAGUGAGAGAUACAAGUUUUGUUUCAUCUGUUCUUACACCAGAAGGAAUUUGGACUUUCUAUCUGGGUGGACCGUAAGUGUCUUUGAGUUUCUGGUGAAUAUAACGUGACAACUAAAUAGACUUUAUUAGAUACAAGAGAAUUGCCUCAAAACAUGAAGACCACCACGCACCUCAGCCCCAUUCAGUUCAAUUGGUUUAUAACACAAAUGCAUUGUACAAUUUUACCAUUAUAUCCCUUUAUUAUUAUUAUUAUUAUUAUUAUUAUUAUUAUUAUUAUUAUCUCAGAACAUGUAAUAAGUCACAAAUAACAGUUUGUGAUGUAUAAAUGAUCAAGUAUAAUAAACUCUAUAUUUACCCAUCUUACUCACGUACACAGCUUUUCUUAUCUUCGUGUGAGUCUCACUUCCUCUUUUUUUAAAUGUUCACUCUGUUAUUUAAAUCCUUGACACUACAGAUAUGGACUUGUAGGUACACUUACAUAUCCUCACUAUAAAUACUUUACUGGACAUUCAGAGUAAGUUGUUUUUUUGUUGUUUUUUAAAUGUGAAACUUUCAAGUAUAAUGCCAAUCUAGUUAAAGUGGUGUACAUGACACUGUAGCUUUAUUACUCUGUUGUCUGUGUAUUAGAUGACUGUUGAUGUGAAGCACAAACCCUUGGAGAUCAGCCAUCACUUGAAAGCCAAUGACUGGACGUCUAUGGUUGUGACUACCUUUUAUGGCUCUAGUUUGAACUGCACAGGCUGUUACACGUGGUGUGUUCACUGCUCCAGCAUUCAUAGGAAUAAGAGAGCACUCCAAGAGGAGACAGAGACUUUAUCCAAAUGGAAAUUUUACUUUUCAGGAAACAAAAGAAAAAAAAAGGUUUAUCAGUGUGGUUGUGUCAUGAGCAAUAAAUGCACUAAAUCGGAUACAAUUGUUAUCAAAUUUACAUAAAGAAAAAUAUAUUUGGGAUUCCCAUUUUUCAAUUCAUGAUGUAUUCAACAGCUGGAAUGGAUGUAGACGGAACAGCUGCCAACUGCAACACAGAUGUGUGAUACAGCGAUUGUAUAUUAACCAUCAUUAGCCAAAUAUAGAGACACAAAAUGCCAAUUCAUGUUACACAAUGAUGCUAUUCUGAUGAUGCUGCAUUGCCAUGACAUUGUGUGUGAGUGUGUGUGUGUGUGUGUGUGUGUGUGUGUGCGUGCGUCAUGUUAUCCGGUUUCAAAAGCAUAAAAAUGACCCACCAUUUACCGCAAACUGUGGAUGUAGGAUUUGUGGGUCUUUACCACCCCCCUCACACACCCCCUGCCUUACUACCAGUCACAGAACAGCAGAGUGUAUCUGAACUGGCAGAAACUAUUCCUGAAUUGUUUGUGCUCAUUAAGUAGUUCUGAUAUUUAGCGCAUAGUUAUGGCCUAGUAGAAAACCGUACUCUAUAUAUUUCUGUCACCCGACGCCUACAUUUGAACUAUUUUGACUAUCACCCAUUUUCUUCCUUGCAUGACCAUUAUGUAUUCCUAUUAUCUCUGGUCUCUUAAUGUAAUCUUAGCCAUGCUAUUCACUUUGUAUGGUCCAAAAAUGUAUUUCUGGAGCCAGAUGAAUCAAAAGGACGUUCUCCACAUCCUCCUCAAACCGGGCUUGGGAUCGUGCAAUAUACUCAAAAAGAAAGAUGUUCUGCAGAUGUGGAAAAACGUCUUUAUCUUUCCAUCAGUAUCUACGGAUUAUAUGAACACAAUAUGGCUUGAAGUAAAAACUAAACUGUGCCUUCAAGACUGGUUCUCACAGGUAACAUCAAGACUUUCAUGCGCACCAACAUCUGGGGAACUGAACUUGCUUCAUCUGGCUCUACGUGCUUUAUGUGCAUUUUACUGUAGAUAUGUGAUUUUAACUCUGAACUGUACAUUAAAUAGUUAAUACACACUUAA